AUGAGCGGCGACAAACCCCAUCUCAACGGCAAUGAUCCUACCCGAAAUGGCAUCAAUGGCUCGGACGACGUCGAAAUGAAGGAGGAUUCCAAGAAUUCCAAGAGGGCGCCAAAACAAGCAAAGGAGAAGGAUGGCGAUGACGAGAUGACGGUUGUCGUUCCCCCUGCAAAGGGCGCCAACACUCCGAGCGCACCUCAGAAAGCUACCGAUGCAGAUCUCACGAAUGGAGCAGUAGAUGAUGACGGGGAAAAGGAGGGCAAAGAAGGGGUCGAUCCUCAAGAAAAGGCAAUCGAGGAAAUCAAGGCCAAUCUUCCAUUGCUGGAACGCGCUGUCAGCCAGUUUGAUCCUCGAUUCAGUUUGAGAGUCCUCCGUUCCAUAUCUUCCAUCCGAAAACAUUUGUCUGCUUAUGUGAUAGCCUCUGUUGUCACCCAAACUUGGGCAACACCCACCGCGACCGCAAUGUCCCUUUUAAGCGCCGUCAAGGACGACCCGUCGUUUCCCGCUCAACAAGUUGAGGAAUGGCAUGGCAAGAGGGAUACAGUGCAACAAAAAGGCUCGCACAAGGAGAUACUCCCUGAAGUCGACGUCUACCUAUCGAUCUUGGUUCAAGUUCACCUCUACGAUAAGAAAUCAAUCAACGCAGGCGCCCAAUUCUCGAGCGCUCUGGUUGAACAUCUCCGAACAUUGAAUCGCCGGACUUUGGAUUCGCUCUCGGCUCGGGUAUAUUUCUACUAUGCGCUUUUCUUCGAAGAAUUGGCGCCCCUGCCUCCCUCGCCUGCCGCUGCGGUUUUGUCGAUCCGGAAACCACUUCUUGAUGCUCUCCGAACUGCGACACUGAGAAAAGAUCAGGACAUUCAAGCCGCAGUCACGACUCUUCUUCUGCGGAAUUACCUUUCCACCUCUCACGUCACCCAGGCCGAUCUCUUGAUAUCCCACACCAAAUUCCCGCCCACCGCUGCCAACAAUCAGAUUGCCAGGUAUCUGUACUAUCUUGGCCGCAUUCGGGCAAUUCAACUUUCGUACACAGAAGCUCACGAGCACUUAAUUGGAGCAACGCGGAAGUCGCCAACAUCCUACAAAGCCAGUGGAUUCUAUCAAGCCUCGACCAAAAUGCUUAUUGUGGUUGAACUCUUGAUGGGAGAUAUUCCGGAUCGUGCGAUCUUCCGCCAGCCUAGUUUGGAGAAAGCAUUGCAGCCAUAUCUUCAACUUGUGCAAGCCGUCAGCUCUGGAGAUGUGAUCGGGUUCCAGACCUUGGUUCAGCGGUACAAUGCCACCUUUAGAAAAGAUGAUACGUACACGCUUAUUUUGAGACUGCGCCAGAAUGUGAUCAGAACCGGCAUUCGCAUGAUGUCUUUGUCAUAUGCAAGAAUCUCUCUGCGCGAUAUGUGUUUGCGGCUUGGCCUUGACAGCGAAGAGUCCGCGGAAUACAUCGUGGCAAAGGCGAUUCGCGACGGGGUCAUCGAGGCCAGCCUGGAUCACGAGCGUGGGUACAUGAAGAGCAAGGAAGUGGGAGAUGUAUACGCUACCAGGGAACCCGGUGACGCGUUUCAUGAGCGUAUACAAGCUUGCCUAGCUUUGCACGAUGAGAGUGUCAAGGCUAUGCGUUUCCCCAUGAAUCAACAUAGACUAGAACUCAAGAAUGCUCAAGAGGCGCGUGAACGCGAGCGUGAGCUUGCAAAGGAGAUUGUCGAAGGAGAGAUGGAUGAUGAUGACGCACCAGGUGGUGAUUUUGACGGGAUCUGA